AUGUUCGCUACACCCCGCUACGCCGACUAUCCCGCCGCCACUCCCGGCACCGCAUCCUACUCGGGCGGACAGUGGAUCGACGACCGUAGCAAUCAUCAUCCUCAAUGGCAAUCUGAGCAUGCACUCGCCGCCGGCACUGGAUCGGCAUCAACUUAUCCCUCUCUCGCCCCCAGCGCUCAAGACAAUGCUUCCAUACAACCCGCCGACACUUACACAGACUACUCGUACCCGUCGUACUUCCCGGAUCGGGCUGCUGUGUUUCCGUCUACAUCCUCUGCGUCGCUGAACAAUUGGACAUCGUCGCAUACAUCCAACUAUCAUUACUACACUUCGGCAUCCGGCUCUGAGUCCUCGAACACCAGCUCGCCGCUGCAGAGUAACGCCUCGGCCACGAGCUCACUACCAUCGUCCCCCGCGAGUGGAUACGGUCAACACAGCGAGCUGUCUGCAUUCAGCAGCCCUACACCGUUGUCCUCCGCAUACGCCCGGACGUACACCCUGCAAACUUCGCCGCCGCCACAGCCUCGGGCGCAGCACCGCGUACGCACCGGGUCCUCGAAAUCAAAACCCGACUCAACUGUACACGCCUUCAGCCUCACGACCUUGGAGCCCCUCGACGCAUCCGACGACCCAUACCCGGUCUCGAUGACCGACCUCAUGCGCAACCGUGAGGAUUUCGAUUACGGAGGGCUUUCAUAUCGCUUCGCGCUGCCGAACUCAGUCGCCGCGGCUGCGGUCGCAAAUGGGUCGACCUUGAGUAGCGGCCGGUGCACGCCGAUCAGUGACAACGACGUCCAGCGCGAGACGAUGCGUCGUAGCCCGGAGAAGGACAAGCGCAAGCCCAAAGUCAAGCUUCACCCCUGCGAGGUUUGCGGAAAGGCUUUUCCGCGACCGUCCGGCUUGAAGACACACAUGAACUCCCAUUCCGGUGAAAAACCCUUCCCAUGCCCUGUGGCUGACUGCAACAAAACGUUCACCGUGCGCUCCAACGCGAAGCGCCAUCUACGCACGCACGGCAUCAUCCCCGAUGCGCCUUCCGUCACGAGCAACACGGGCACGAUCGAUUUUGACACGCCCGUCGUAGCGGAGGACAUCGCCGAGGCGCACAUUGACGGCCGCAAGAUGCGUAUUCGUUGGCACGGCGCGCGCCCGGCCGGCCGCGACCGUGAUGAGCCGCUCCCGCGCAGUGUCCGCGGGACUGAGAAGGAGAGCCGGUCUACGUCCGCCACCAGCUCGACGCUCGCAAGCCCUGUCCAGAUUCCGGCCCAGCCCCCGACCCCGCCGCCUGCGCCUCGUGCGACUCGCCAGUCCGCGCCUAGCAUCAGCUACGCGCUCGGCACUCCAAACUACCUGUAA